AUGCGAGUCGCGAAAAGCGAAAAUUUGGUCAACACUCAGUCACUCGAUGAAAGCACAGAGACUUUUGAGGAAAGAAAUGUUACUCCAAUAGAUGGAGAGCUGGCAUCACAUAAGAAAUCUCUUAAAGCUAUGUCAAUGGAAAGUUUGACACAAUCAAAAAGAGAGCGGUCUUGUUCUCGGCCGUCGCCUAUGUAUUCUGAUGACUUCUGGUUGCGGCACUUCGACGGUGAAAAUUCAGUCUCAUGGAAAACUUUCCGAGCUGCUUUUCUAGAAGAUUACGGAUCUGUUAUACACGAAUUUGCUCCCAAUAGAAUGCACUGGAUCUUAACAAUUGUACAUACGGAUAUUUUUGGGUCGGUAGAAGACAUUCAUAAAUUGUAUUAUGAAAAGUUUUGCGGAAAAUCUAAAAAUCCGGAUCGCCUAUGGAUAAAGAUCAAAGAGUACGCGUCAGAGAGGAUUUUUCGAGAGGGCGUCAUUGAAUCGAUGUUUGAGUAG